AUGUCUGGAAUGUGGGCGAUUGACAGCGGUGCAACACAUCACAUCUGCUAUGACAAGUCCAAGUUCGAUGUUCUGGACGAGCGCAAUGAAGGCGAAGUGUUGGUUGCAGAUGGGAACAAGGCUGCGAUCAACGGUGUCGGGACAAUCAUCGAAAAGGUGACCCUGUCCAACGGUGAAGAGCGCGAAGUCGAGAUCAAAAACGCGCUUUACGUCCCAAGCAUGAACAAAAACUUGCUUUCGAUACCACAAAUCAACAAAAGCGGCAAGUAUCAAGUGGUGCUUGAUGGUGACGAGAUGAAGAUUUCGCACAAAGGCUCCAAGCAAGUAAUAGCGAUGGCUGAUCUUGUGGAUGGCCUCUACUGGCUUCGUACAUCCCAACGAUCGGUGAAUGCGGCUUUAGGACCAAGAGUCGAAAACCUUCAUGCGCGUAUGGGCCACGCACCGGUUGAUGUCUUGUGCAGAAUGGUCUCCAAGGGCAUGAUCAAGGAUGCCAAGAUGCCAGCAAAAUUGAGCGGAUCAAGCGUGUGUCAAGGUUGUCUAGAAGGAAAAAUGGUUCAACGACCGUUCCCGAGCAAUCCAAACAAGCGCCACUACGAUCCGUUUGAGCUUCUACACAUCGACACUUGUGGUCCAAUGGAAGUCGACUCGCUAGGUGGAAGCAAGUACUUGCUACUGAUCGUCGAUGAAGGCAGCGGAUGUAUGAAGGGUUUCAGUCUGCGCGCCAAGUCCGACAGCGAAGAGUGCAUCAAGAAGUACAUCAUGGCAGUACAGACGCAGCUUGACUACAAGGUCAAGUUCGUUCGACACGAUGGUGCACGAGAAUUUGCGGCGAAUUCGCUCAAGGCAUUUACGAUGAUCAAGGAAUCGAGCAGCAAGUUACCGUUCCGUAUGCGCAUCAGACCAACGGCACGGCGGAACGGGCAAUUCGGACCAUUGUGA